AAAAAUACAAAAAUGGAGUACACCCAUACAUCAAGGAACCCUUCCAAAUCAAGAGAAGAGGUGAACUUAAGAAGUAGCUCUUCCAGAAACUUAAACCCAAAAUCAAUGAUUAUCAGCCCUUAUUUUCCAGCCCAAAAUCAGGUCUCCAAAGUUAAAUUCCUAAAGAAAAGGAGAUCAGUGGAUCACUCGAUAAACAGUAAAAAUUCCCAAAAUCCUUCAAAUUUCUACCAAAAAAGAGGCAGAAAAGUCAAGAAUUUACACUGAAAUAGGGAUUCUGGGCCUUGGAGGUCCAAUUAGGAUACUUCAAGACUACUUCUCGCAUAAGUUGGUCCUUAGGCGUCAGACCAGAAAUAUAGCAGCCAAUCGGAUCCUUGACUCGAGUAAUACGGUCAAAGGAGACCUAUUUAUUACUACGUUUGAGCCAGAUGAAAUUCAGGGCCCGAACAGAGAUGUUGAAGGGAAGGAGAGAUUUGGAGGAAAAGCAGGACCUAAACUGUAUUAUAAGAAGAGGAAUGUGCAUAAAAACAUUAAGAAUUUUAAGUCUUUCGGAUGAGAUGGGGAAGUGUCAUCUCAAAUUCCAAAUGUAAAGAUCAGUGAGCAAUCGCCUGUAAAUAGCUUUCAGACAGACCCUUAUUCUCUAAUGCCUGAACUUGCAGAACGUCCGAGAAAAAGGACUCAAUGAAGGACAUCAUUAAAUAAAAAUUCCCCUUCAGAAUCGGGAGUAAAUUCGAUGUUUUAUCAGCAGAAAGCUAGGCCAACACCUAACUUGACAAUAACAAACAGCAUAAAAAGCUUAGAUUCUGAUGCAAUGCAAAAGAAGCCAAAAAGAUAUUCAAAUGCUCAGAAAAUGGUAAAUUUUCUGGCAAUAAACAGGGCAAAACCUUUCCAAACUAAUCUGCAUAAGAGUUAUGUUGCUGCCUACUCUAACAUUGGCAUGAACUCUAACCCUGUCAGGAGUCUCAGUAUUUCGACAAUAGAAAGAUCCAAGCGCCGUCGCUUACUUCCUCACCUCAAAAAGAACCCAUCCAAGAAAAAACUUCUGCGCCAGGCCACUAAUUUUGCCAAAAAGAAACCUACACAGAUAACGAUUGAUUUGAAUGUGAGCUGAAGACUAGGGGAUUUUUUGGUAGAUGAUGAAUGGGAGUAGGUGAAAGUCAUGUUGAUUAAAUUCGAUUUUG